AUGCCGACAUCCAGCCAGGCUCUCAUUCUACAUGGAACCAGUGGCGUACUUCCGCCCAUCUUUGACAGGCGAACAUCCGGAUUUCUUCAAAAGGUGUGGCACCCGCCACCGGCCUGGCUUGACCUCUUCCAACCGGUUGCAACCGGUUACUACAAUAAUCGAUUAGCCCAUUCAAAAGAUGCGGACACGAUAAUCAAGAAGCGCGUUCUGGGAAAACCCAGGUUAAUUUUAGGUCGUUCCGGUUCGGCGCCGAAUUUGACUUCCUUGCAAGAUAUUGCAAGCAUCCUGAGAGUCCGAGGCCUGCGUGGAAGCAUCCCGUCCGAGGCAGGGGGUCUGGACUGGAAAAUAAGUCUCAUGGAUCCUUUCUACGAGCGAACUUCUAAACUCAGACCGCCAUUCCGCGAAAGUCCUUUAAGUAUCUUUAAGCAUAAAAAUCGCGAAUUGUCAAAGCCGAUUUCCGAAACAGCAAGAUUUCUGUAUACGCAUGCAAACGCCAGAGAAGCAGAAAAAGAAAACGUUGAACAGAUUUCGUAUGUAAAAUUCAAUUCGAAUGUCAAUGGUAAUAGUUUUGCCCACACCGAUGAUUCAAGAGAGGCAGAUUACUUCCGGCUUGUUCCAUCCGGUUUCACGUCAUAUUCUGGUCACGUGACUUUUAGAGUCGAAAAAUGUGCAAAAUCGACCGACGGCACCAGCUUCCGCUUGCGUCAUGUUCCUUCCAACGGAGCCGACGAAUACAUUCUCGUAGCGCCUGAAGGCUACGCAUGCGCAGACAUUCGGCUGGUGUAUUCACCCGACGACGACGGUAAGUUCGUGCUGCUACAGGAAGAGGAAAACGGCGAGUUUAAGGCCGUGGAGGUGGAUCCCAUCGAGACACUGAAACUUCCGCUUACAAACGAGUCAGCAAAGCAACGUAAUAUUCGUAAACGUUCGUAUGAAAGCGGAGUUUUUAACGAAACAAAGAGUGGAUUUGAAAACUACGAGGAUAAUGUCUGGAAUAGAAAUGGAAGGUCUGCAAAACACAUAUCAGACCGAAGGCCUAGUAGCUACGCACAGGCGCUGUACGGCAAUAAUAAAUCUGCUCAUAAUGGCCGCCGAAUCGCUUUCGAUGACUCUACAGAUUCGACUAAUCACACGGAAGAGAAAUGGAGUUUGCCUGAUAUAAGGAUCAGCAAAUCAGCACGACUGGGAAACAACCAACAGAGUCCGAUUCAACAUGUGACUGAGGCGCAAAUAGUAGGAUACCUGGACGAUAAAAGCCCCACUUUCCUACAAGGCAGACGAAGCCCCAGCGUUAGUGACAUAGAUAACGAAGACUACAUGGAGACGCUUAGAAACGAGUCGCCUGAGAUGUAUAAUAAAUUGCUAAAUUUAGGGUUUCGGCGAACGCGGAAAGAGCAAGUCGACAGUACCAUUAAAGCGCAUCAGGUGGCGAAAGAUGCCGAAAGGAGAAUCGUCGCUUCCGAGUGGAAGACGUCGGACUUCGAUCAGUGGAGCCGAACAACUUCAGUUCCGACAGCAUCUCAAAAGCAACUGGAGGAUGGAAUUUUGAAAAAGCUGAAACAAUCUGUACAAGAUCGCGAAGAAGGUCAUGAUGAAGUGAAACUAAAGGAAGCUUGCAAGCAGUGGAAAAAGAAGAAAAUUGCAACCAUACGAAUGCGCCGUGAACUGCCACCGAAAGAUCCCUAUUCCGUUGUGGUUCGAAUGAACGUCUCGCCAACGCAUCAAACAUUAAAAAAGUUAAUCGAAUCUGAGACCCUUUGUACAGUUAUUGGACUGCAAUAUGAUCCAAUAUCGGUCCAUACGUCAAACCCGUCAUCGAAAAACCAAUGGAUAAUAAGAUUCGAAGAUACGGACACGUGUAAACGGGUCGUGUUAUCUGGUCUCAAUAUAGACAGCGUCAAAUAUUCGGUCCGCCAUUUUGACGACGUCAUGAGGGAAGAACACGAGGCGUACAAGUUUUGUAAUCUCGUCAAUUCGCUCAUCAACAGGAAGCAGAAAAGCAAGAGCAAGUCACGAAAAAAUAUGUCAACAACAACGCAUACACAAACUGCGGUUUUAGCAUAGAACUUUUUCGUGACCACAAGUACCCAAUAUAUAGGCCUACCAUUUAACGGCCUUAUCUUUGUGAAUACCGACCUUAUCUUCGUGAAUACCGGUCUGAUCUAUGUGAAUACCGGUCUAAUAUUUGUGAAUACCGGUGUGAACUUUGUGAAUAUCGGUCUUAUCUUUGUGAAUAUCGGUCUGAUCUUUGUGAAUACCGGUCUGAUCUUUAUGAAUACCGGUCUGAUCUUUGUGAAUAUCGGUCUGAUCUUUGUGAAUAUCGGUCUGAUCUUUGUGAAUAUCGGUCUGCUCUUUGUAUGUAUCGGUCUUAUCUUUGUAAAUACUUGUCAUAUUUUUGUGAAAUACGAUCUGAUCUUUGUAAAUAUCGGUCUAAUCUUUGUGAAUAUCGGUCUUAUCUUUGUGAAUAUAAGUCUGAUAUUUGUGAAUAUAAGUCUGAUCUUUGUGAAUAUCGGUCUAAUCUUUGUGAAUAUCCGUCUGAUCUUCGUGAAUAUUGGUCUUAUCUUUAUGAAUAACGGUCUGAUCUUUGUUAAUAUCGGUCUUAUCUUUGAGAAUAUAGGUAGAAUCUUUGUGAAUAUCGGUCUGAUCUUCGUGAAUAUCGGUCUGAUCUUUGUGAAUAUCGGUCUUAUCUUUGUGAAUAUCGGUAUGAUCUUUGUGAAUAUCGGUAUGAUCUUUGUGAAUAUCGGUAUGAUAUUUGUGAAUAUCGGUAUGAUAUUUGUGAAUAUCGGUAUGAUCUUUGUGAAUAUCGGUAUGAUCUUUGUGAUUAUCGGUAUGAUCUUUGUGAAUAUCGGUAUGAUAUUUGUGAAUAUCGGUAUGAUAUUUGUGAAUAUCGGUCUAAUCUUUGUGAAUAUCGGUCUUAUCUUUGUGAAUAUAAGUCUGAUCUUUGUGAAUAUCGGUCUAAUCUUUGUGAAUAUCGGUCUGAUCUUCGUGAAUAUCGGUCUGAUCUUUGUGAAUAACGAUCUGAUCUUUAUUAAUAUCGGUCUUAACUUUGUGAAUAUAGGUCGAAUCUUUAAUAUCGGUCUGAUCUUCGUGAAUAUCGGUCUGAUCUUUGUGAAUAUCGGUAUGAUAUUUGCGAAUAUCGGUAUGAUCUUUGUGAAUAUCGGUCUGCUUUUGUAUAUAUCGGUCUUAUCUUUGUGAAUACUUGUCAUAUUUUUGUGAAAUACGAUCUGAUCUUUGUAAAUAUCGGUCUGAUCUUUGUGAAUAUCGGUCUUAUCUUUGUGAAUAUCGGUCUUAUCAUUGUUAAUGUAAGCCUGAUCUUUGUGAAUUUCGGUCUAAUCUUUGUGAAUAUCGGUCUGAUAUUCGUGAAUAUCGGUCUGACCUUUGUUAAUAUCGGGCCUAUCUUUGUAAAUAUCGGUCUAAUAUUUGUAAAUAUCGGUCUGAUCUUUGUGAAUAUCGGUCUAAUCAUUGUGAAUAUAAGCCUCAUCUUUGUGAAUAUUGGUCUAAUCUUUGUGGAUAUCGGUCUUAUAUUCGUAAAUAUAUCGGUCUGAUAUUCGUGAAUAUCGGUCUGAUCUUUGUUAAUAUCGGGCUUAUCUUUGUGAAUAUCGGUCUAAUCUUUGUAAAUAUCGGUCUGAUCUUCGUGAAUAUCGGUCUGAUCUUUGUGAAUAUCGGUCUGAUCUUUGUGAAUAUCGGUAUGAUCUUUGUUAAUUUUAGUCUUAUCUGUGUGAAUACUUGUCUGAUUUUUCUGAAUAUUGGACUGAUCUUUGUGAAUUUCGGUCUGAUCUUUGUGAAAAUCGGUUUAGUUUUUGUGAAACCGGUCUGAUCAUUUUGAAUGUGAAAGUGUGCAUAAAAAUUCGGUUUAAACUAAAAUCUUCAGUUAUGCGUGACAAUACAACACAUUCGGUAUGUUUUAUAUUCGGUCAAUGAAAGAAGUUGCCAAUGUAUCUCAUUUAAGA